GGUGGAGAGGACGCCUCGCCGCGCCGCGCUUUUGGGGCUCGCACAGUGCUCGGGCUCUUCUGGAUUGCACCGCUUGGAUCGCGCUCCCCCGCGAGUGGGCGUCCGGAAGAGAAACCAGAGCCGGCUUCAGCAUAUGAACAGGAAUGACAUUCUAAAACUAGAAAAUAACAUUCUGAAAACAUUAUAAAAAGUGAUAGAGAGAAAAAAAACAUAAGAAGUACAUCCUUGUGUGUGUAUCAUUGUGCUGCUUUUUAAAACUCAGGUAGUAAUGAAGCCACCAUUAUGUCCUCAGUCAGUGAAGUAAAUGUGGACAUUAGAGAUUUCCUAAUGAGCAUCAAUUUGGAGCAGUACCUCUUACAUUUCCGUGAAUUUGGCUUUUAUACUGUGAAGGACUGUACAUCGAUAAAUGAUAGUGUGCUACACCAGAUUGGAAUCUCACCAACAGGACACCGUAGGAGGAUACUUAAACAGUUACAAAUGAUCUUUUCAAAAAUGCAAGACAUCCCAAUAUAUGCAAAUGUUCAUAAAGCAAAGAAUGGCAACACCCCAGAAGAGCCUCACAAUCCUCCAUCUUCCAGCAACAACACCUGUGUAGAAUUUUCUGAUUCCGUUAGUAUUCCUAGACCAGGCCUGACACCGUUGGAGACGGUUACAAUGAGUACCUUUGGUGUAGGAAAUUGCCAGUCUCCUAAAUCACAAGAUAAGCUAUCCCUUUCUCCACAAGACUUGCCCUUUCCAGAAGAAGAGCAACACCAGACUGUGGAUUCUUCGCAAGAUUCUUUAUUUGGUGGUGUAAAUGUUAAAAUAGAUUCUUUGAUUACCCAGAAGGCUGUGGACUGUACAGCUGGAGAAGAACAAACAGGAAAAGUCAACUUGAUAUCAGAAAAUUCCAGCAAGGCUCUUAGCACAAACCCUGAAUGUCUUCCCUCUGUGGACUAUCCAACAUCAGAAACACAUUCUGGAAAUGGUACCAAUGGCUCAUUAGGAAGCUCCCCUCCAGCCUCGUUCUUUCAGUUUCAAGGAGAGAUGGUUGUGAAUGAUCUGUAUGUUCCCUCAUCACCAGUCCACACACCCAUGAGAAGCCGGAGCAAGCUGGUCUCCAGACCUUCUCGAUCGUUUCUGCUGAGACAUCGACCUGUACCAGAGAUCCCAGGGCCAACAAAAGCAAUUUCAGGGAGCUAUUUCCGUGACAGAAGAAGUGCUACUACCUCAGCUGGAAAAUCUUUGACACUGAAAAAUUCAAAUGAGGAAAAUCCAACUUCCAUCUUUCCUUAUGGAGAGACAUUUCUCUUCCAGAGGCUAGAGAGUUCCAAGAAGAGAUCUAUAAAGAAUGAGUUUUGGGCCCAUGAGGACUCAGUCAAAGAGGAAGCAGCCACUACAAGAAACUCCAUCUUAACCAAGUCCAGCAUAUAUGAUAACAGCAAGGAAAAAGUCAAUGAAGAGAAAGUGGAAGAUAUUUGGAUACCCCGAGAGGAUAAAAAUAAUCUUCCAAAGGACUCUGCUUCUGAGUCAGAAUACUCAACAGUAGAAGAGUGCUUCCAGAGCUUAAGAAGAAAAAAUUCAAAGGCAUCUAAGUCUAGGACUCAAAAAGCCUUCUACUUGGACCCUUUUAAUAGGCACAGUUACCCUUUAAGCUCCACGAGUGGGAACACUGAAUCGUCGACCAUCUCAAAUGCCAUCUCUCCCUAUGCCUGCUUCUAUGGAUCUUCUGCAGCCAAAGAUAAAUCAGGCUGGCUGGACAAGCUGUCUCCUCAAGGAAAACGCAUGUUUCAGAAGAGAUGGGUGAAAUUUGAUGGCUUUAGCAUUUCUUACUACAACAAUGAAAGAGAGAUGUACUCAAAAGGAAUAAUCCUGCUCACUGCGAUAUCCACAGUACGGGCUCAAGGAGACAACAAAUUUGAAAUUGUUACAACACAAAGGACUUUUGUUUUUAGAGUAGAAAAAGAAGAAGAGAGAAAUGAUUGGGUCAGCAUAUUAUUAAGUGCCCUGAAGUCACCAUCCCUUACUUCACAGUUGCAAGCAGCUACAGCACCCGAGAAAUGUGGAUAUCUUGAAUUGAGAGGCUACAAAUCCAAAAUCUUUACUGUUUUAAAGGGAAACAGUGUGUGGCUUUGCAAAAAUGAGCAGGAUUUUAAGAGUGGACUUGGUAUUACUGUAAUUCCUAUGAAUGUUGCAAAUGUAAAGCAAGUAGAUCGAGCUGUGAAACAGUCUUUUGAGAUAAUCACUCCCUACAGGAGUUUCAGCUUCACAGCAGAGUCUGAGAAAGAGAAACAGGACUGGAUUGAAGCUGUGCAGCAGUCGAUAGCAGAAACUCUCUCUGAUUAUGAAGUAGCUGAGAAGAUUUGGUUCAAUGAAUCCAACAGGAGCUGUGCGGAUUGUAAAGCCCCAGAUCCUGACUGGGCAUCCAUCAAUCUCUGUGUUGUCAUUUGUAAGAAGUGUGCAGGACAACAUAGAUCAUUGGGCCCUAAAGACUCUAAGGUUAGAAGUCUGAAAAUGGAUGCUAGUAUUUGGAGUAAUGAGCUCAUUGAGCUAUUUAUUGUCAUCGGAAACAAGAGAGCUAAUGACUUUUGGGCUGGUAACCUUCAAAAAGAAGAAGAAUUACACAUGGAUUCACCAGUUGAAAAGAGAAAAAUCUUUAUUACCCAGAAAUACAAAGAAGGAAAAUUUAGAAAGACUCUAUUAGCAUCUCUGACCAAAGAAGAGUUAAAUAAGGCUCUGUGUGCUGCGGUGGUAAAGCCAGAUGUGCUGGAAACGAUGGCCCUGCUGUUCAGUGGAGCAGAUGUCAUGUGUGCGACAGGAGAUCCCAUGCACAGUACCCCCUACCUGCUGGCCAAGAAGGCUGGGCAGAGUCUACAGAUGGAAUUUCUCUACCAUAACAAGUUCUCAGACUUCCCUCAGCAUGAUGUUCAUUCCGAGGGUGGGUCAAGUCAGGAGCCUGCCCAGUCCACCUUCCUCUGUGACUUCUUAUAUCAGGCCCCUGCUCCUGCUUCCAGAGUCUCUACAGAGAAAAAGCUACUUGAAGAGAUAAAUAAAAAGUGGUGUGUUUUGGAAGGCGGCUUCUUGAGUUACUACGAAAAUGACAAGUGUACCACACCUAAUGGCACCAUUAACAUCAGUGAAGUUAUCUGCCUGGCUGUCCAUAAAGAGGACUUCUAUUUGAGUACUGGGCCAAUCUUUGUCUUUGAGAUCUACUUACCCUCAGAACGUGUCUUUUUGUUUGGAGCUGAAACAUCUCAGAUUCAAAGAAAAUGGACAGAGAUAAUAGCCAAGCAUUUUGUUCCCUUUGUUGCUGAAAACUUAACAGAAGCUGACUAUGAUUUGAUUGGUCAACUCUUCUACAAAGACUGCCAUGCCCUGGACCAGUGGAGAAAAGGCUGGUUUGCUAUGGACAAGUCUAGUUUGUGUUUUUGCCUUCAAACACAAGAAGCUCAGGAAGAGAGAAUGCACCUCAGAAGACUGCAGGAGCUAACAAUCAGCACAAUGAUUCAAAAUGGAGAAAAAUUAGAUGUGUUACUCUUAGUAGAAAAAGGGAGAACGCUAUACAUCCAUGGGCAUACCAAGUUGGAUUUCACAGUCUGGCAUACUGCAAUUGAAAAAGCAGCAGGUACAGAUGGUAACGCAUUACAAGAUCAGCAGCUCUGCAAAAAUGACGUCCCCAUUAUUGUGAACAGCUGCAUAGCAUUUGUUACACAGUAUGGGUUAGGAUGCAAACACAUUUAUCAAAAGAAUGGUGAUCCUUCACACAUAAAUGAACUCCUGGAGAGUUUCAAAAAGGAUGCAAGGAGUGUUAAGUUGCGAGCUGGAAAACAUCAACUUGAAGAUGUGACAAGCGUGCUGAAGAGUUUUCUAUCUGACAUUGAUGAUGCGCUUCUCACGAAGGAGCUCUAUCCAUACUGGGUCUCUGCACUAGAUACACAAGACGAAAAGGAAAGGACUGAAAAAUACAGAGCCUUCAUCCGUACUCUUCCAGGGGUCAACAGAGCGACACUGGCAGCUGUAAUUGAGCACCUUUACAGGGUUCAGAAAUGCUCAGAAAUCAAUCACAUGAAUGCCCAUAACUUGGCAUUGGUCUUUUCAUCCUGCUUAUUUCAAACUAAGGGACAAACUAGCGAAGAAGUCAAUGUAAUUGAAGAUCUAAUUAAUAAUUACGUUGAAAUAUUUGAGGUUAAAGAAGACCAAGUCAAACAAAUGGACAUAGAAAAUAGCUUUAUAACCAAGUGGAAAGACACUCAAGUGUCCCAGGCUGGAGACUUGUUAAUCGAAGUAUUUGUAGAAAGGAAGGAACCUGACUGUAGUAUUAUAAUUCGGAUAUCUCCUGUAAUGGAAGCUGAAGAAUUAACUAAUGAUAUAUUAGCAAUAAAAAACAUUGUUCCUACUAAAGGUGAUAUUUGGGCCACAUUUGAAGUCAUUGAAAAUGAAGAGCUAGAGCGUCCUCUUCACUACACAGAGAAUGUGUUGGAGCAGGUGCUUCAGUGGAGUUCAUUAGCCGAACCUGGUUCUGCUUAUCUUGUGGUGAAGAGAUUCUUAACCGUUGACACAAUUAAACACUGCAGAGAGAAAAGUAUCAAAGAAGGUGCCUUAAAACUCAAAGAAGAGCCAUCUAAAAUACUAUCAGGAAACAAGUUUCAAGACCGUUAUGUUGUUUUGCGAGAUGGACAUCUCUUUCUUUACAAGGAUCCAAAGAGCAGCAAGCAUGAGAAGAUGUUUUCUCUCAACUUGAUGAAGUUUUAUCUUGGUGUGAAGAAGAAAAUGAAGCCCCCAACCAGUUGGGGAUUGACCGCAUAUUCUGAAAAACACCAUUGGCACUUGUGUUGUGACAGUUUACAAGCCCAGAUGGAGUGGAUGGCCAGUAUCUUUAUUGCCCAGCAUGAGAAUGAUAUAUGGCCACCAGCUGGAAAAGAAAGAAAACGUUCAAUAACCAAGAAUCCCAAGAUUGGGGGUUUACCUCUGAUUCCCAUCCAACAUGAGAGAAAUGUAACCCUGGCCCGGAAGAAUAUUGAGAGUGCAAGAGCAGAACUUGAAAGGCUGCGGCUGGGUGAAAAGCAGGAUCGAGACUUCAUGGAUUCCAGCUUAAAAGACAGAGCCUCCAUCAUAGCCCACUGCUUGGAGCACAAAGAUGAUAAACUUCGAAAUCGUGCCAGAAAACAUCGCAGUUUCAACUGCUUGGAGGACACAGAGGCGGAGGUCCCACACAGCCUACCAAAGGGCUUUAAAGGUCCAAAGACGCUGAAGAAGACUGAAGACAGAAACAACAAGACUACUUUAGACCCUGAUCACAAGCUGCCAUCAAAAGUCAUCGAGGAACUCAGUGUGGUUCUCCAGAGGUCAAGAACUCUUCCUAAAGAGUUACAGGAUGAACAGACGUUACAGAAAGAAAUAAAAUAAAUCAUCACACAAGUUA